ACUAUCCAGAUUUAUCUUGUACCGUUCACAUCGUAUUCUUUUUUUCUCAAACGUAUUCUUAUCAAGGUGUGAAAAUCGCACUCGUUAUAGUCACACAGUCACAUGAUUAGCUGUUGUGGACCUUUGAUAAACAUUCGUGUCGUCUGCAGCUUUUCGCAGAACUGACGAAUAUUUUUCAAAGAAUGGACUGAUUGCUUUGUGUGCAGGCGAAUUGGAUAUAUGUGGAGUAUAUAAUAAUGGCUAGUAGUAACAUAAGUAAAUAUCUACCUGGACAUAGAGAUGGUGAAAGUUUAGAAAAGUUUAUAGACCGUGUUGUUAGGCCACCAGACGAGUUUAGAAAACGUAUGAAUAAUGCUGUGGAUAAGUUGGUCCAGUAUCUACAUGCUAUGCCCGGUUAUAGUGUAUCAGAGGUUGUCAAGAGUGGUUCUCUGGGUAAGGGUACAGCAGUACAAGACAGUGCCGAUGCCGACAUGGUGAUGUUUAUAAAUGAUUACAAGACAAUGGAAGAUUUGAAAAAAGCCAAACCAAAGAUUUUAAACGAUAUAAAACAGUACUUGACCAAUCCAAAGAAUAAAUUUUUAGGUUCCAAACCAGACUGGCUAAAUUCUAUUACUGUUGGAAAAAUGACUGGUUUUCAUAUCAAUGUCGAAAUUCACCUGACCUAUAACGGUAAAAAUCUACCAGUGGACAUUGAUAUACUACCAGCUAUAGACGUGAUUAAAAAACACGAGGACAACGUGGAUGCUGUGUACGCUGAAAUAGAGACAAAACCAGAUGAUAUUCAAGCUCAUUAUUCGGUUUGCUUUUGUAAGAAACAGAUCAGUAUAAUCCGACCACAGCCAGCCAAAGCGAAAGAUCUUAUUCUUUUGCUCAAAUAUUGGAAAAGGAAAAAUGAUUUAGAUAUGCGAUCGUACUGUUGUGAGAUCCUUGGCUUACACAUCUUCAAAGAACAUAUGAAUAGUAAGCCUAAUUUCAAAAUGAGGGAAGGAUUUAUUAAAGCUCUAGAGAUGUUACAAGAUUAUCAAACUAUACAGAUUGCCAAAUCAUCAUUGUACGAUAGCAGAGCCUGGCGGCGACAUUUUCCAUCCACCUACUAUAUCAUGGAUCCAGUGAAUCCAUUUUCGGACACCUCUUCUCUGAAUAUUCAACCUAUUAGAAGGUGUGCCCAGAUGACACUUGCUAGAUUGACCGAUGAGACAGUGCCAGAAGAGGGAGAGGAAACAUCUGCCGCGUCAUGCGUUUUAAUGUAAGAAAUUACACACAAAAGAAUCCUUUGUGAACAGACAAGUUUAUUAUAAUUAAACAUUGAGCUAGUUAUCGAAAUGAAAACCCAUUUGAAAUAACUAAAUCUUUUUAUCUGGGUCGAAAGUGUGUGUUUGUUAAUUUUCGUGUGGAAUGGCCAUCUUUAUUCAUUCAGAUACAGACUUCCAUAGAUAUAAAGCCGAUUGAGUAGUAAACAAACGGAUUUCUCUUAUCCCAUCACUACUCAAAAUAAUGUAAAUAUUUACCAAAGUCAAAGAGGUUUAGUAUAGCAACACAUGUAUAUUUUGUUAAUUUAUUUUUUAUAAAUAAGGCUUUUGUCAUCAGAACUGUGGAUUGUAACACACAUUUACAUGACGACGAUUGAACGUGUAAGCUUGUAUUACCGAAUUUCUGUUAUAGCUACAGGUAUUCUCAAUUAAAUUAAAAUAAUA